AGUAGUUUUUGUCAAAAAUGGUUAAAAAUUAUGGCCCAGGACGAACUUGCUGUGUUCAGGGAGCAUUGGAAACAAGAGUUAAAGAAUAAAACAGAUGUGCAGCCGGUCGUUAGUUCACCUUUACUGGACAUUCCUGGUCAGAAAGACUUGAAAAAUAGAUAUUUUGAAGACAAACCCAGUAAUGCUUCAAAUUCUGAAGAAGACUGUCACACUCGGGAUGGAGAAGCGAGCUUAGGCGGCGGCAGAGAAGGAGCAAGAGGGGGGAAAAUAGCAUCAGAACCGGAGGAGGACCAGCCCGAAUAUGUGUCCAUUGCUCGCGGUUUGCUGGGGGGGAGAACCAGUCCACUGUUGGACAGGCUCCAGGAGGAAAGGAUAAGAAGAAAAAGACAAUAUCACAGUAGGACUAAUAUUUGCAGUGUCUCCCUCCAGCAGCAGCAACAGCAGCCGCAAAGAAAGGUCAAGAAAGGAGAGGAGCUGGUGGAUCAGCUGAUUCAGGAUUUGAAUGAAGUCAAUGACAUUCCCUUUUUUGACAUUGAGUUGCCAUACGAGCUAGCCUUGAAGAUCUUUCAGUAUUUGGACUGCACUGAGCUGGGCCGAUGUGCGCAGGUGAGCAAAGCGUGGAGUGUCCUCGCUGAGGAUGACGUGCUGUGGUUUAAGAUGUGCACGAAGGAGGGUCAUCAUCAGAAUGCCAGGGUGUCUGACUCCCCCUGCUGGAAGAGCACGUUACGAGACUGCAGGAACUCAGCCAAAACUGUGCGCUUCAACUGGAAGAAUCGAGUGGGAUCCAUCAGUCAGCUGCAGUACGAACUGGGAAAGGUGUUGUGUGACGUCAGCUCCUGUGAUCACUUCGUCUUAGCAGGAUACACGUCUGGAGACGUCAGGCUAUGGGACACGCUGCAUUGGGACUCCAGGGCCUCGUACCUGAAACCCAACGGCCUGACAGCAAACACAGACCCCAGGCCGCACGUCGACCACGUCCAAGUCAAUGGCACGGUAGCGGCUGCAGCCUACGAAGAUGGCUGUGUGGACGUGUGGAGCACAGAGACGGGGGAGCAGCCCAUCCACCACUACCAGACCCCAGAGAGGGUACAGGCCUUUGCCCUGAGCCCUGACAGCCCAGCCCUGUGCUCGUCUUCUGGACCCGAAAUUCGUCUGGACACGGCUGACGAUCGUGGCUACUGGAGGACCGCCUGUCGGAUUCAACUACGCAAGAGUGUCCAGAGCCUAGUUAUGGUGCCAGGCAGAGGACAACAGUGCCCACUGGUGGCCGCGGUGGCAGGAGACGCUGUUUACCUGAUAAGUCCACGAGAGGAGAAUCCACAGACGCUGCACUUCGUCUACGACCAUCCAGUAACUUGUCUGGACGCCUCGGAAUCUCAGGCUGCCUUUGGGGUGAGGAGUGCCAGCUGGGCCAUGUACGACGGAGGCAACAAGAUCCAUGUCUACAGCUUAGAGACGGGGAAACCUGUGGUCUGUGUGGGCAGCUCACCAGGAGACUUCAGCUGCAUCAACCUGAAGAACAGUCCAGCUCACCUGCUGGUGUGUGGAAAUAAGGACAGGAGGGUGAGGGUGUACGACCUGAGGAGCGGCUCCUCUGUGGUGUCUCUGUACGCUCACCACCUGGGCGUGACGGCGGUGCAGGCGGACGACUGGAAGAUUGUGAGCGGCGGAGGCGAGGGGUUGGUGUGUGUGUGGGAGAUGAGGAUGACGGCCAAACUGUGGGAAAUGCACAACAGACAUCCUGUCAGGCAUGUGCGCUUCAGCACCAGCACGCUGCUAACAGCUAACAUCCCAGAUGACAAAUCCCCACGGGGGGCCUGCAUCACAGAUGAUGAUCUCACAGCCCACCGCAGACACAGGGGAGUCAUCUGUUAUUACGAUUUCUCCGAGGACGCGCUGACCCAGGAUCACAUCCUGCCAAUCUGCAGGUCGAACUACGCCGAGUCGUCGGGCUACAACUACAACAUUAGCCUAACGGUUCCGUACGACCGUCUCUCUGCCUCCAAUCAUUCCUACUGAUGUGGACGGGAAACAGAACUGAUCUGAAACCAGUUUGAUUCCCCGAAUGGAAACUUAAUAAUUCAUGUUUUUUGUGAGUGUAGAAUUCAUCCACAUCUGUCAGUUUUUUUUAAACAGUUAAGUAGAUAUUUAUACUGGGAUCGUGAUGGAUUCAUGACUACAAUUGACUAUUUUCAUCUAUUUUCAUUUCAAUCAGUGCUGAUAAAUAACAUUCGUCUAUAAAACACAACCAAAAUGUU